GACCGCAAGGUUCCACACGCACUGCCUAGGCGAGGGACUACGCGCGUUGACUUCGUGUCGUGCGACAUAGAAGCUCGUGAUGGCGAGGCAGCACCUCGGCUUGCGCCAGAAAGGGGAGAUGGGCAAGCAGAGCCUCCUGGCGGUUCGUCGCUCUCGCCAUGCUACUCCACGUGCUUGGCAAAGCCUUGCAAUCGCAGCCAUUCUCUUCAUUGCGGUGUUUGCACUCUCAGCGGAAGCAGCCAAGGACUACUACAAGAUCAUGGGGGUAGAUAGACAAGCGGAUGAUAGGACGAUCAAGCGAGCGUACAGAAAACUUGCUCAGAAGCUGCACCCUGACAAACAUCCGGAGAAGGGCGAUCAGUUCGUGGAGCUAUCAGAGGCGUAUCAAAUCUUGUCUGAGCCCGAGACGCGCAAGAUCUACGAUCGGUACGGGGAGGAUGGAGUGAAGCGGCAUCAGCAGCAAGCAGGCUCAGCUGCCGGAAAUGAUCCGAUGAACGUCUUCCGAAACUUCUUUGGCGGGGGUGGCGGGCCGUUUGGUCAGCAAGGCCCACGACGGGGGCCGAAUCGGAAUUACAACCUCGAGGUGGGGCUGGAGGAUAUGUAUCGAGGACGGAGGGUUAGCGUGCAGCAUCAGAGGAACGUCAUUUGCGCAGCCUGCGAUGGAAGCGGUGCGAGGGAAAAAAGCGACAUCCACUCUUGCGAGGCUUGCGGUGGGCAAGGUAUUCGGGUUGUGCAGCAGCAGAUCAUGCCUGGAUUCGUUACGCGGUCACAGGUUCAAUGCGACCGAUGCGGCGGCCAAGGGCAGGUCAUCCAGCACCUCUGCUCUAGAUGCAACGGUCAGAAGGUCACCGCGGAGACUGUGGAUCUGGACGUGGAAAUUCUGCCGGGUGCGCGAGAAGGCGAAGAGAUUUUGUUUGAAGGAGAUGCGGAUGAAGGGCCCGACUUUGAGCCCGGAGAUGUUUCUUUCAAGCUCAGGUCCGUACGCCACAAGGGAGACUUUCGCCGCAGGGAUAAUCACCUAUACACCACAUAUCCAAUCUCUUUGGCCGAUGCGCUGUUGGGCUUCGAUUAUCAGCUGCGCCACAUGGAUGACCACAACGUGACAUUGCGGCGGACGACCGUCACGCAACCAGGCUGGACACAAACCAUCAAGGGCGAGGGCAUGCCAAAGCGAGACGACGACGGCCACGGCGACCUCUUUGUGGAGUAUCAGGUUGUCAUGCCCGACAAGAUUGAAGGCGAUAUCCAGACCGCUUUCGAGAAGAUCUUUGCAAGGAAAGCGACCAGGGGCGAGCCUGCCAAAGAGUCCAGUCAUUCGCACGAGGAGCUGUAACGAGCAAUAACAUGAGGAAUGAGCUUGUUGAAGGUGGCAGACCUCGUGUCGAAGCUCUUCUGCACCGCAAAGCACAGAAACGAGGCCACCGCACCGGCGAUUCGAAGUGGCAGAUGAGGCUCCCCUGCCUCGUCCGUCAACGCAAGCAAGCAUCUUGCAUGCGCCGCCGGCUUGCCAUGCGUCACAGGCGUGCGAAUAUCUCUCGAGGCGCAGGGCCGUCCUUUGUGCCGAGGC